AGGCACAAUCAAAAGACAUCACGUUUUAGGAAGCAUCGGGCACCGUCAGUGCCAUUUUCUACCCAGUUCGUCUUUGCUGUUAGAAAGCGGACUGCCGCCGGAGAGGAAAGAGGAGAGAGGAGAGAGAGGGCAGAAGUGGAGUGGGGGGAAAGCGAGGCAAUGGUGUAAGAGCAGGCGGAAAGCGACGAGGGGACGUCUUGUUCUUCCUGCCAACGUGCCUCCCGUCCAGCUUUGCCUUUUUGAUGCCGUCCUGACGGAGUUUCGGGCCAAUAACGGACUUGUUCUUUCUGGUGGGCUGAACCAUGCAGAGGCUGCUGCUGCUCCUCACUUUGCUCGUCACUUUACAAACUGUCUGGACCGCCAGAUUCUCCCAGGAGCCGGCGGACCAGUCGGUGGCGCGGGGACAGAGGGUGAUCCUCUCCUGCGUCGUCUUCAACUACUCGGGCAUCGUUCAGUGGACCAAAGAUGGCCUGGCGCUGGGCAUCGGCGAGGACCUGCGGGCCUGGCCUCGGUACCGAGUGCUGCGGGUCCAGGAGCUGGGCCAGUACAACCUCGAGAUCUUGUCGGCCGACCUGUCUGAUGACUCCUUGUACGAGUGCCAAGCCCCCGAUGCCGCCCUGAGGUCCAGGAGGGCCAAGCUCACCGUCCUCAUCCCCCCAGACGACCCGGUGAUCGACGGCGGUCCGGAGGUUCUGCUCAAUGCGGGGGAGUCCUACAACCUCAGCUGUGUGUCUCGGGGUGCUAAACCGCCCUCCGUGAUCGAGUGGCUUAAAGAUGGCCUGCCUGUCGAUGGGGCCGUCAGUGGCACCGAGGUUCUCCCAGACCGUAAGAGGGUGACCACGCGCAGCUUCCUGCCCAUCCACCCCAUCGACGCAGACACAGGGAGGAACUACAGCUGUGUGGCCUCCAACCUGGCGGCCCCUGCGGGCAAGAGCACAACUGUUACCCUCAAUGUGCACCAUCCACCGACAGUGACCUUGUCCAUCGAGCCUCGCUCCGUCCUGGAGGGCGACAGGGUCACCUUCACUUGUCAAGCCCAGGCCAAUCCCCCGAUUAUGGGCUACAGGUGGGCCAAGGGCGGCGUGGUGCUGCAGGGCGCCAGGGAGAGUGUGUUCACCACCAAAGCGGACCACUCCUUCUUCACCGAGCCGGUUUCUUGCCUCGUCUUCAACGCCGUGGGAAAGACCAACGUCAGCAUCCUGGUGGACGUUCACUUUGGUCCCGUUCUGUUGGUGGAGCCUCAGCCCAAAACGGUGGACGUCGACUCGGACGUCAACCUCAACUGCAAAUGGGCCGGGAACCCGCCGCUCACGCUCACGUGGUUCAAGAAAGGUUCCAACAUGGUUCUGAGUAACAGCAACCGACUGUACUUGAAGUCCGUGAGCCAGGCCGACGCGGGCCAGUACGUAUGCAAGGCCAUCGUGCCGCGGAUCGGCGUCGGGGAGACCGAGGUCACGCUCGCCGUCAACGGCCCACCCAUCAUCUCCAGCGACCCCAUCCAGUAUGCAGUGCGAGGGGAACGGGGCGAGGUCAAAUGCUACAUUGCGAGCACACCUCCUCCAGAUAAGAUUGUGUGGGCGUGGAAGGAGAAUGUGUGGGAGGAGGAGAAGGGCACGCUUCUGGAGCGCUACACGGUGGAGCAAAGCAGAACGUCGGCCGAGGGCGGCGGCGUCCUCUCCACCCUCACCGUCAACAACGUGAUGGAGUCCGACUUCCUGACCUCGUACAACUGCACGGCCUCCAACUCCUUCGGGCCCGGCACCAUGAUCAUCACGCUGGAGGAGACGGAGGAGGUCCCAGUGGGGAUAAUUGCCGGGGGGACGGUGGGCUCCACCAUCCUCUUGUUCAUCUUCCUCCUGAUCCUCGUACUCAUCUUCUACUGGCAACGCAAAGGCAGUCGGCGAGGGGUCACGCUGGGAAAGCCGGACAUUAAGGUGGAAACCAUAAACAAGGAGAGCCACAGCUUGGAGGAGGACUCGGCCAGCGUGUCCACGGCCUCACGCAUGGUGAAGGCCAUGUACUCGUUUCUCCCCUCUGUGUCUUUCUCUCCCUCCAAUCAGCCCUUUAAGGACGACAUCGAGCUCAAGUCGGACCUCCGCAGCGACACCGCGGACACCCGCCAGGAGUACGACCUGAAGGAUCCCACCAACGGCUACUACAACGUACGAGCUUCCACGCUGGACGAAGGUCGUCCCGCCUCGCGCUCCACCAUGCACUACUCCGACUACCGCUCCCCCACCGGUACUCCGGGGGGCGCCGCAUCCAUUAGCGGCAGCAGCGCGGGUGGGUCGGGCGCCGCGGCCCCCGGCCCGCCGGGCCCCCUCACCUCCCCGGGCCGCCCGCAGGCCUGCUACGACCCGCGGCCCCCUUCCAGACUGUCCCACAUCAGCUACGCGCAGUUCAACACUUUCACCCGCGGGGGCCAGAACCAGCAACCCCCCGGCAACCCCGCUCCCACGGCGGGCGACUUCCCGGGGGACUGCGGCCUGCUGGACUCCACCUCCCAGCUGGCGUACGACAACUACGGCUACCCGUCGCAUUACCAGACGUACCGGAUGGGGUUCGCCCCAUCGAGCCUGGCCCCGCUGGAGGCCGGCCCCUCGUACGAGAUGUACGGGGUGGGAUCGGGCGGGGCCGGUCCGGGCGUCGGCGCGGCCGCCGCGCCGACGGGCUCGGACACGGGACUCGGCAAGUACGGCAGCUCCGCUCGCUUCUCCUACACGUCGCAACACUCCGACUAUUCUCACAGCCGACACACGCAGAGGAUGCAGACUCACGUGUGAAAGCGACCUAACGGCCCGACCGGUGUCUUCGACAGAGCAUUGCGGCUAAAACCAACACACACACAUAUUUCCACGCGCAAACACGGCACAUGUACGGUUAUAGAGGAGCGCGCCCGUGAGACGGGAGGAGGAAGGUGGAGACAAAAGCGCGGCCGACGUGUUUGGAAACGGGAGCGCUGAGAGAGCGGACGGCGCGAGUCACAAUCACGACGAGGACCACGACGCAGACGCAGACUUUGCAUCGACUUUUGUCAAGGGCGCCGGACGGCAAUGACUGAAAAUGACCGGGACCGGCCCGUCGCGGUGCCCCGAGGCCGGAGCUCAUCGAAGAAACAGGGCAGGCUUGCGAACCUUGCUACGGCGAGCUCUACUAACUCGGCGGAAGGCCGAAUAGAUCAACGUCCACUACGGUACAUGUGACUGAGUCAUUUAUGCUCAUUUUUCUUUCAACUUUUCCCAUCAUGCUUCUUAGCCAAGGGAAAGUGGUUGUUCUAGGAAGGCAAUCAUCCUUUUGCACCGCAUCAACACUAUUCACGCUUGGACGUCUCCCAUCUCUAUCUGUCCUCUUUUCAUUUGCACACCUGACUAGAGCUUUGUAUUCUAUUUUUUAAGAUUACAGAUGAAUUAUUUUUUGUCAAUGUAAAACAUGGAACGAUGUGUGUGUACGGACCAAACGUUUGAGGGGUUGUGCCGUCAAAAAGGGUAUAUAAGUGUAUAAAAGAAACCUAGUGCCAAGUGUUGAUCUUGUAGACCAUGUAGAAUAUAUGCAGUAGAAGCUCCUUCUGUUGGCGACCGUGGCUUUACAAACCAGGUGAGGGACCUCGGGUCAGACUGUGUUUUCUCAGCUCGAGCCUCCACGAGCUCGAAACUUGGAAGAACGGUGCGGACGGUGAGAAAAACACGGAGGCGGGGUUUAGAAGGGAGCGGCCUUAUCGGGAGAACAGGAUCGUUUCUCGUCGUCUGCCUGCCAAAAGAGAAUGUGUACGGAGGGAAGGCCGUCUACAAUAUUGACAUGUAGUAAUGAGCGCGUCUGUCUGUCUGUCUGUGUGUGUGUGUGUGUGCGUGCGUGCGUGCGUGCGAGAGAGACGUCGGGACGGCGUGUGCGGGCAACGGCGCGCGCAUCAAUUUGUACAGCGUGUUUGUACAGAUGUGUGAACGGAUACAUGCAUACUCCAAAUCUGACUCGUGCGUGCGUGCGUGCGUGCGUGGGACUGUUGUAUGCAUGUCCGGCUGUAUACAAUGUGUGUGUUUCAAUAUACGUCUGUAUCAUUUCGCUCACAAUCUAGUACUUUUAUACCUCUGGUAGGACUGUAUCCUGUAUUAUUGUGUCUUUGAAUUUAGAAAAACCCAAUGUAUAUGUUAUUGUACUGUUCCGUAGCAGGAAAAAAAAGCGUUUUCAAAUGUUAUCAAACUCAUUUUUAUUUCUUUACCUUCAAGAUUUUUAAAAAAAUGUAUGUAAUUAUUUUUCCACAGUAUUACAUAAAUAAAAGCACUGUUUUUUAAUAAAAAUGAAAUA